AUGGAAGCGGAGCAGUCUGACAACACAAGUGUUAAUGUCAUUCAUCCCUGUUAUGAAUCACAUGAUGCAACUCUGAUAUUUACAAGUAAUCCUUCCAUUACAUGUGUAUGCUUGUAUGUUUUCCUUGGAUUAUUAUCAUUAAUCACCAUAUGUGGGAACCUUCUGGUAAUCAUCGCCAUCAUUUACUUCAGACAGCUGCACACUCCUACUAACUACCUCAUCCUCUCUCUGGCUGUGGCCGACCUGCUCGUUGGAGUUUUAGUCUUUCCUUUCAGCAUGACAGUCACCGUAACCUCAUGUUGGUAUAAUGAAGAUUUGUUUUACAGGUAUUUUGCGGUGUGUCAGCCUCUGACUUACAAGAGUAAGAUGACCGACCGCAUCGUUGGGCUGAUGAUUCUGCUGAGCUGGGGGGUUUCCGCUCUAAUUGGAAUAGGCAUCAUAGUUGCAGGUUUUAAUCAGGGAAAGUGUGAAGAGAGUUGCGUGAUUGAUGCUUUAAUAUCUACCACUCUUGCAUGUAUUUUCUCUUUUUAUAUCCCAGUCAUAAUUAUGCUCAGCAUCUAUCUAAAGAUUUUCCUUGUUGCAUUGAAGCAAGUAAACAGCAUCCAGAGCACAACCCACCAGUGCAGCAGAGCAGCUGUUAGUAAGAUGGAAAGAAAGGCCACCAAAACACUGGCAGUUGUCAUGGGAGUUUUCAUCUUUUGUUGGACUCCCUACUUUCUUUGUAUCAUCUUUCAGCCUUUGUUAAAUGAUGUAACACCAAUCGCUGUGAUUGAAACGCUGAACUGGCUAACUUUGUCCAAUUCCACGCUGAAUCCAUUUAUUUAUGCUUUCUUUUACAAAUGGUUCAGAUCAGCUUUCAUAAUGAUCAUUUCUGGAAAAAUAUUCCAAGGCAAUUUUAUGAACUCUACUCUCUUUUGA